UCGAGUCGCGUACGUGUAGCUAUGCCUGAAUAAACAGCUUUAUAACGCUAACAUUUGAUCUAAGAAUGUAAAAUUACAUCAUGUGAUGGUGCAAACAAACAAAAAAAACAAAAAAACAACGCAGCCACUUGGGUGCUGAAGUAGUGUGGAAGUUCGCCGGUUGGUCCCCAAGGAGGUUACGCCUAGGUAGUUGUCGUAUUUCCCAGUGUCCCUGAACGCAGAACCGGCGUUGGUUUCUAGGGCAACGCCUUCCAACGGAGACGAAAGAUGGUUUACAUCACAGAAGAUCUGAUCCGGCGUCGCGCCGAGCACAACGAGUGUGAGAUCUUCUCCCUGGAGGAGGUCUCCCUGCACCAACAGGAUAUUGAGAGGAUUGAGCACAUCGAGCGUUGGUGCAGGGACCUGAAGAUCCUCUACUUGCAGAACAACCUCAUACCCCGGAUCGAGAACGUAGGCCGCCUCAAGAAGCUGGAGUACUUGAACCUGGCCUUGAACAACAUACUAGUCAUUGAAAACCUGGAAGGCUGCGAGAAUCUCCAAAAGUUGGACCUGACUGUCAACUUCGUGGGGCGUUUGAGCAGCGUGGAGACCCUGAAACAAAACAUCCACUUGUCUCAACUCUUCUUGGUGGGGAACCCCUGCACGCUCUUUGAAGGAUACCGGAAAUACGUCGUAGCGACACUACCGCAACUCAAGGGUGUAGUCCGCCUUUCGCCCGAAGUCAGCUGGGAUAGGCUCCAGCGCACCACGACCCUGAACAGGAUGAGCGGCAUUGAGAAUGGAUGGAUGGACAAGUGUCUCGACGGCACGGCGAUAACGCGGUCGGAGGUCAUCGCAGCCAAUCAGGGCCUGGAGGAGCUGAAGAGGCGUGUUAUGGAGCAGGAGGACCAAUACCUGAGGAAGAACGCCCAGCAGAAGGAAGAGGAGGAGGCCAACAGGAAGCAGGCUGCAGAUCGGGCAGGAAGUCGGGACGGUGCUUCUGACUCAGAGGAGAAGCAGGAGGAGGCGACAGAGUCGGAUGAAGAGCGACGGGAGAAGGAAUUUUGGCACACACCGUGUCCCUUUACCCCGGAAUCGCGCCUGGAGGCUCACCGGCACCUGGAGGCCAAAAGAAUGGCCAAGGAGAAAGGUAACGAAAGGAAAGUGAAGCCCCCGAGAACCCUGAUAACUGCUGAUGGACGAGUCCUGAAUGUCAAUGAGCCCAAGUAUGACUAUAUACUGGACUUCUCUCUGACGGAAGAUGACAACAACAGCAGGAUUGUCUUAGACUUGGCAGUGUACAGAGGUGAAAAAUUUUGUCUCCCUUUGACACCCCACCCCCGUGCCCCCCACGAAUCCCCUGCCCUCCACAGGCACAUGGACACCUCCUUGAUGGACGUGGACGUGCAGCCAACAUACGUCAAAGUCUCCGUCAAAGGAAAAAUAUUUCAGCUGGUUCUGCCGGCUGAGGUCAAGCCCGACAGCUCGAUAGCUCAGAGGUCUCAGACCACGGGACACUUGUUGCUCCACAUGCCCAGGGCUCAAGGUGAAAUCAAGGCGACAAAAGCUGCACGUCCGUCCAAAGAUGGCCGCCACCUCCACUGCAGCUUGUCUGACAAGAGGAAGCAUUCCGUUCCAGAGAGGCUGGAAGUGGACGCCAGCGGAACCGUGGACAUCGCUAACAUCGUGACACGCCACCACACCAUUGAAGGGCCGCUGGAAACUUCUCUCUGGAAUCCGACCACCGCCACGCCUCUCAAGCACGUACCCUCGGAAGGAUUCGUGGAUGACCCCGACGUCCCGCCUCUCAUUUAACCGCAUCCCGCCACAGAAUGGAGAAAGGGCUCAUCCACUUGCAGUCGUGACUUCAGUGUGGAUGUUGAGGAACAUCAUGUGGAAAAAAGAUCAAGAAGUUGAGAUCAGGAUGGGACGAAGACAAUAUGGAGCUGAGAAGACAACGCACCACGGACUACACAAGCAUGAAUGACUUUCUGAAGAAGAUGAUCAAUGACUUGGACACAAAGGACAUCUCAAUGACUAUUAAGCUGCAAUAAUAUAGAGGUGAUAAUAUGGAAUCACACAGGGAAAAAAAAAUCUCAUCAAUGACUGGUCUGCUUGAGAUGGUGGUGUUUACUGAGGGCACUAAACACAUCUCAGUCUUUUACUUCUUCUUCCGACUUGUCAAUCCAAGCUUGACUGGCCCUUCAUCUUGUAUUCGUUGAGGACAUCACCUUGAUGUUUGUCAAGAAGAAUUAUUGAAUAAAAAGGACGAAAACUGAGAUGA